UGUGUUCUAGAACCUGACGAAUGGUGAAUAUGUGGUCGAUGCAGCCACGACCAGGUCUAAAGCCAGCUUGGUUCUCUCGAGUUUGUAGUUCACGAGUCUUAGUUAGGCGUCUGAUAAUUAUCGAGGCCAGUAUUUUAGAUACUAUGUUUGUUAGACUAAUCCCUCUGUGGUUGUCACAGGAUGAUUUUGACCCUUUCUUAUAUAUUGGGACGAUGAGUGAUUGCGACCAGUCAGAUGGGAUAAAGUCUAAUUCCCAGAUCUUAGCUAAAAUAUUAGUCAACCUAAUCGCUAAAAUUGGACCACCAUCCUUAAAGACCUCUGGAGCCAAUCCAUCUGGACCAGCUGCCCUUCCUCGUUUCAGAUUAACUAUAGCUUUUUGAACUUCAGCAAGAGUUGGGGGA